AUGACAAAGAUGGUGGCUAUGGACAAAUGUAAUGGCUUUGGAUGCUGCCGUGUACACGUGGAAAGCUAUGCCAGCACUUAUCAGUUCAAAUCUGUCUCUAACCACAACACAAAAAACACCAGCAUCAGAUCUAACCAGACCUCUCACUUGUGGGAUAAAAUUAGGGUAAGUGCUCAUGUCUUACAGCUCACAUGGAAAAUUCAGGAUCAACCCACCUGUGCUGCGUGUGUCAGCGAGCAUGCCGAGUGCAACCACAACGAUCCACUAGAUGUAUACGGUGCACCAACAAUAACAAGUGGCUACUACUGCACCUGCCAUUUCGGCUAUUCAGGCAACCCCUACAUUCUACAUGGCUGCUCCAGCAAUGAUAAAGGGUAUAAUCCAAUUCCGAGCGGGGCUAACUGUACCCGCUGGUGUGGUAACAUUAAUGUGCAAUUCCCAUUCGGCUUCGAAAAGGGUUGCUUUGCCAGGGAUGAGUUUCACCUCAAUUGCACAAAUAUGACGUCAUCAGCUGCCCUGCUCAUGCUCAUGCAGGAGGAGCAACAGGUCAUUGACAUAAAUGUCAACGAAGGGACCUUCAAUGUUACCGUUGCUUCUGAUGGGCAUGUGAGUCAAUCAGAUUUAGAUUGGGCUCAACAGGCUCAACAGGCUCAACAGAUUCAUAUUUCCGCAUAUGGGUAUAUUUUGUUUUAUAAAUGGGUUGCUGCUCAUCUAAGUUGCGUAGAGGCCCAACACAAUAGGUCUGGAUAUGCUUGUGUGAGUACAAACAGCAAGUGUGUGGAAGUAAGGGAUAAAGUGAUGACUAGUUACCGCUGCAGAUGCUUUGAUGGCUUCCAAGGAAAUCCUUACAUCCAAAAUGGUUGUCAAGACAUUGAUGAAUGCCCUCAACCGAACAAAUGUAAAGGGAUCUGCCAUGAUACCAAAGGAAGCUUCAGUUGUACUGCCUGUCCUCACAAGACUGAGUAUGAUCCGUUAAAAAUGCAGUGUACUAAGAUAAAACAAGAGCCUCUGCUCUUAGGUAUAAUUAUUGGGAUGUCCUGUGGUUUUGGCGUUCUACUUCUGAGCUUCAGUGCAGUACUUUUCACUCGUAGGUGGAAAAAGAAUGUUCAGAAGCAACUACGGAAGAACUAUUUCCGAAAGAACCAAGGUCUUCUCCUAGAAACAUUGAUAUCAUCUGAUGAAACUGCAAAUGACAAUACAAAGAUUUUCUCAUUACAAGAGCUAGAGAAGGCAACAAGCAACUUUGAUCCUACACGUAUCAUCGGACGUGGAGGCCAUGGCAUGGUUUACAAAGGCAUAUUGUCUGAUCAGCGUGUUGUUGCAGUAAAAAAGUCUAAGGUCAUGGAGCAAUCUGAGAUCAGUCAAUUCAUCAAUGAGGUUGCAGUCCUCACUCAGAUAAGGCACCGAAAUAUUGUGAAGCUCUUUGGAUGUUGUCUCGAAACUGAGGUUCCACUGCUGGUGUAUGAUUAUGUAUCCAGUGGCUCACUGUCUGAAGUUCUUCAUGCAGAUGACAGGGAUGGUUUUUCUUUGUCUUGGGGUGAUUACUUAAGGAUUGCCCUGGAAACAGCAGGAGCUCUGUCUUAUCUCCACUCUUCAGCUUCAAUAUCAAUCUUCCACCGUGACGUGAAAUCCUCAAAUAUACUAUUGGAUGUGAACUACACAGCUAAAGUUUCAGAUUUUGGUGCGUCCAGAUUGGUUCCGAUCAAUCAAACACACAUUGUUACGAAUGUGCAAGGUACAUUUGGUUACUUAGAUCCAGAGUAUUUCCAUACCAGGCAGCUGAACGGGAAGAGCGACGUCUACAGCUUUGGUGUGGUACUUGUGGAGUUACUUCUCAAAAUGAAACCUAUCUUUACAAGUGAAUCGGGCACAAUCAAGAGCUUGUCAAACUAUUUUCUUGAGGAGUUCAAUGAGGGAAGAAUCACAGUCAUUGUUAACUCCCAGGUCCUUGAGGAAGCAGCCGAGGAAGAGAUCAACAGUAUCGCCACUCUUGCAGAGCGGUGCUUGAGGCUGCGUGGUGAAGAUAGACCCACAAUGAAAGAGGUGGAGACAGAGCUACAGACUCUACGAGCAAAUCGUCUGAUCUUAUGUCAAGUAGAUCCAAGAAACGAGGAACAGAUGCAACCAAGGUUGCCAACUCGGCCAGGAGACAGCGGAAGGCGAUAUAGCUUGGAGAUGGAGUUCAUGUCAUCUGCUAGCCUGCCACGCUAG